CACAACGCUGCCAAACCUAUACAGUUAUCCCAAACAGGCAAGAAGAGAGCCUCAUUACUAUCUACACAAAAGAGCAAGCGUCAAAAACGUGUGGUGGAUGCCGUGGGUGGUGCUCAAGCCCAGGAGGCCUCCUCAAGCCAACCACCCGUCACGACGUCACGCGGCCGCAGCGUCAGACUGCCAAGUAAAUUUAAAUAG